ACAAAAAUAUUAUUUUGUAAAUUGAUAACAAAGUAAAUAUGCCGAGAUCUCUUUGACCAAAUAAACAACAUAUACUAAACUUAUUAUUCUUCAAGGUAGACAUGAAUCCUCAUGUUAUGAUGCCGUGAUUCCGUAUUAAAAAUCCCCCGGAGAAUCUCGCCUGAGCUUUCUCCGAUCUUCUUUCCCGCAGAGCACAAAUGGGAGAAAUAACUUGGGUUGAGGAGGGUAAUGCUCAUUCGAGUGGUUCGAGGAAAAGGAAAGCGAGACCCAAACGAUUCCAAUUCGUAGGGUGGGGCUCGAGGCAACUCAUUGAGUUUCUCCAAUCCAUUGGCAAAGAUACAACCAACAAGAUCUCCCAGUUUGAGGUCAGUGAGACUAUCGCAAGGUAUAUCGCAGAGAACGGCCUCCUAGAUUCCUCAAACAAAAAGAGAGUCGCAUGCGACCAUAGGUUGAUUUCGCUUUUCGGGACUAGGACGAUUUUGAGGAUCAAGGUCUAUGACCUCCUGGAAAAGCAUUACGAAGAGAACCAGGAUGAUUCAGAUUUUGAUUAUCUCUACGAUGACGAACCCAGGAUUAUUAGUCCUUCCGACAACGUAGCUGCUAACCGGACAAGAAAAAAGGUUGUUCGGAAACCCAGAGGCACUUUUGCUGCGAUUGUGAGUGAUAACAUCAAGCUUCUCUACUUGAGAAAGAGUUUAGUCGAGGAGCUGAUCAAGUCUCCUGAUACUUUCGAGGGCAAAAUGCUGACGAGUUUUGUGAGGAUCAAGUCUGACCCCAAUGACUAUCUUCAGAAGAACCCUUAUCAGCUUGUUCAGGUGACAGGCGUGAAGAAGGAACCUGGGACUGACGAUUUUCUUCUUCAGGUCACGAAUUAUAUGAAAGACGUUUCUAUCUCUAUGCUAUCUGAUGAUAAUUUCUCCCAGGAGGAAUGUGAAGAUUUGCAUCAGAGAGUAAAGAACGGUUCUCUUAAGAAGCCCACAAUUGUGGAGAUGGAAGAAAAGGCUCGAAGUUUACAUGAAGAUCAGACAAAACACUUUACGCUAUCUGAGUAUCUGGAGAAAAGGGAGCUUCUUCAGAGUACAGAAGAACAGUCCCGGCUAUUGCGCGAAGUUCCGGAAGUUAUUGGAGAGGAACUUGUAACAGAUCCGGAAGUUAUUGGAGAGGAACUUGUGACAGUGCCUGAAGCGUCCCCCGAGGCUCAUAAAAGUGAAAAUGAACGACAAUCGAGUGAAUCUCCAAUAUCGAGCAUCCAAGAAACCCCAGAAGUCCGCGACCUCUUUGGUGGAGAAGAUCAACAAGCUAAUGGUUUUGUGAUAUCAUUCCCCGUGACAACUCCGGGAACCACGUCUAUGGACUUAAACGGGAGAUUGCCAACAUGGACUGCUUCUGAAGGUGAUGAGUACCGUCGUGGAGAAGAUGUAGAGCAGGCAGCAAAUGGCUUUACUGGAGCAGUAACCAAUCAUAACAACGGAUCUGAAGCUCAACAAAAUCCACCAGAGAUAGUAGAACUGAGCGAUGAUGAUGAAGCUGACAACGGUGAUGGAGAAACUCUAGACCCUAGAUUCGAAGAUGCUCAGGCUCCGUCUUAUGACAAGGAGAUGCUAAACUGGUUCUACAAAGAUCCUCAGGGUAUCAUACAAGGACCUUUCUCUCUCGAACAUCUCAAAGCUUGGAACGACGCAGAGUACUUCUACAAAAACUUCAAGGUUUGGAUGACAGGACAGAGCCUGGAAUCUGCAGUUUUACUAACCGAUGUUCUUCGUCGAGUUUAGCUAAUGGAGUACUUGAAGACUAUAUAGAUUCAGUGAAAAGUGGUUUCAGUUAUCUGCUAUUGUCUGUGUUUGUCUUUAAAAUUGCAGUAGAUUUUAAGUAAACAGCAAAUAAAAAAAGGCGUGAAGCUAUGACCGUCUGAGCAGUGCGCCUGUGAUCCUAAGUAAAGACUCCAUGAGAUGAACAGUUUUCUUUAUCAUAGCAGAAUCUUUUCUUUAAGUUUAUAAUGAAUCUUGUUGACAAAAGCCUUGAUCCUAAAAGGAGAGAUUUAUGAAAACUAAACCAAUGCUUGUGAGAUCUGGACAUAUGAUUUUAUAUGAGUUUGCGUGUUAAUUA